AUGGCACCUCAACAACAAGUAAAUAGCAAUCAUACUGAUUUUGAUAUGAAUAUGGAAGAAGAUGAAGAAUCAGAAAGUGAUUCUUUUUUGGAUGAAAUAAUAACUUCUUCGACUCAAUCUUCCACUUCAAUUAUACCUAUUUCUUCUUCUUCUUCUUCAACUACUACUACUACCACUAAAAAGCGACCUGUCACUCAAGCUCUUUUCCUUAAUUUUACAUCUGACCUUUCACCUCAAAAGUUGAAUAAAAAGAAAAAUAAACCAAAAAAACAAACAGCAUAUAGAGUAAAUGGUGUCAAUAUUUUAAAUAGAAAUAAUCUUGAUAGUAAGACUGCUAUUGAAAGAAUUCAACGUAGACGAGAAAAUCAUAAUCAUGUUGAACGUAGACGUCGAGAUAAUAUAAAUAACAUCAUUUUUGAAUUAUCAAGUGUAGUUCCUAAUGCAGUUCAACAAGGACAAAAGCCUAAUAAGGGUAAUAUUUUAAAACUCUCAUUAGAUUACAUUAAGGAAUUACAAGCUGAAAAUAAUAGAUUAAAAGAACAGUUAAAUCAAUUUACUUGUUCUUCUUCUCCACAUUUAGAUAGCAGUCAUCCUAUUAGUUUUUCUUUUCAACACCAAUCUCCGUCUGCACCUAAUUCACCUCAUUAUGUGUGUAAUACGAAUACCAUAAAACAACAAAGUGCAUCUGUUCCUACUUCACCGCUUUAUAAUAAUACCACUCAAUUAUCUAUGAAUCAAACUACAUUUAACAAAAUACCUGCCACCACUUUUAAUAAUUUACCUCCCCUCUCUUUACCCCCUCCUUUACAGCAGCAGCAGCAGCAGCAGCAGCAGCAACAACAACAACUUCAAAAUGUCUUUUCUUCAAUGACUGUUUCAUCUUCUACUACGUCUUCUAAUUCGUCAGGCACUUCAACACCUACAACAUCAUCUACAACUACUACAAAUACUACUCAUCCUUUUUAUCCUUAUCCUCCUCCUCCCCCUCCUUCUUCUUUCUAUAUUCCUCAACCUUCACAACAACACAAUUUUAGACCUCUAUUACAAGAUACAAAGUCACAUCAACCACCUAUCAUUCAAACACAUCAAAUCUCUUUAUUACCUUCUCUCCGUAUGAGUGGAUAUGAAAAGAUAUAUGGAAGUGUAUGUCGAUAUUAA